AUGAAUUAUGAAUAUCCUGAAAAGUAUGAAAAUCGACGAGUUAUUAUCACAUUACAAAAAAGUAUAAAACUGUCGGAUACCAAUUCCAUUCGAAUUCGUUAUCAGAAACAUCGUUAUCGAAAUUAUCGUCGCAUGCAAACAUCAUUUUCAUUACCGAUUAAUACUGAUGUAAUCAAUACAGAAUCAAUUUAUAUAUUACCAAAUAGUAAUUUAUCAAUAACAUUUCGUUUUUUACGUCCUGGUGAUCAAUUCGAAGUAAAAUCUCUUUGUCAUGAUUGGUUUCCAAUUGAAUAUCCAGAUAAAUGGUAUAAUGAUAUAGUUCAAAAUAAAAAAUAUUUUGCUUUAGCAGCAUGUGAUAAUUUAACACAAAAUAUUAUUGCUUUAAUUAUUGCUAAUAUAAUUCCAUUAAAUAAUUGUAGUCGUGAAGAUCAACAAAUUUUACAUAAAAAAUUUUUAUUAACAACAUCAGUUUGUUAUAUACUUAUAUUAGAUGCAUAUUGUUUUGCUCGUUAUAUUAAUGGUGGUUAUCCACCUUUUACUAUAUCGGAUUUCUUCUCUAAUGUAUGGAUAUAUUUAAUGCGAGCAAAUCCUUGUCAUUUAUUUAAUACAAUACGAUAUUUUGUAAAAAACAAAUUCAUAUUUUCAGAUUCUUAUCAACGUACAUCAUCAUCAUAUAAACAGAUCUCACGUAUUAUAUGA